AUGAAGCCUGCAAAGUUGGCGAAUCUGAUCUUCGCAGCGGUUGCAACCACGUUUUUCUUAAUUGCCAUUUUUCUUGGCAUGCCACCCUGCCAAAACGUCUUUACCUGUGAUGAUGACUUACUUGUCUACUUUGGUGCUUUGUUUAUGACCUCGGCUGUGCUUCUGUUUGCCGCUACAGUUCUUUUGGCAAUUGGGUUCUACAAGGAAUUCGUCUGGCUGCGACCCACCGUCGCGGUUGUCUGCGCCCUGAGCUCGUUCUGUGGAUUACUAGGAACAAUGAUGGCGCCAUUUCGAUUUGUAUAUCCCUGGGGCAUGUGGUUCAGUACUGUCAGCACGACAUUUUCUAUUGCAUUCGUCAUAAGUGCUUCCAUUUCAACGUUUUAUCAAAAACCUGUAUUGUCUUCAAAGGCGUCUCAGCUGAAUGCCUUUUAA